CUACAACAGACUAUGUAAAUCUUCCGCUGGUUUGCUUAGAAAGACGACAAUGAACGGUGACAAUAGAAUCUAAUGCUCGGAGGACAUUUCCUCCGCUUUCCGUCUUUAGUCACCAUUCUUAGGCAGCUCGGUACAUAUAUGUUCAUUCAGGUGUGACCGGAAACUUUCUAGUAUUAUCGAUUUGCAGCAUACGUCCGUGGUGAAGGCUGGUCCGGCUGAUACCUGAGACGCCAUUUGUGUCAGUUAUCGUGAACACCAGUGGGAAGGGUAGAUCUGAGUCAUGUCGUAACGAAUAUGUGCUAGCUGGUAAAAGUAUAUAGGAUACAAACCACAGGCAGAUUCAAGAAGUGUUAGGAAGUGUCAUUGGCCUGGCAGUAAGCUGAUAAUGUACCUCGGCUGAAGGGGGCGGGACCGACUGUGUGGAUGGUGUUAGCACGGGAUCACCAUGCGGGACUGUCCACAUGAGUACUUGACUAUGACAGUGGCGCGGCCCGAGUCAGGUCUUACGUACUUAACAACACUGAGGAUGGCUGUGGUGUAUUUAUUUGGACAUUAGCAGAUUCUUGAUGUAUUUACCCGAGGUUCUACAAUGACACCGAGUUGCUGCGGUAUUAGUUAGUGCUCUGAUUUCUUAUAUAUUCACCUUACCCCACAUAGCGAAGGAAAGACGCCUUUAUAUGAGCACCGGGACGAGCUCCCAUGAAGAGGUGAUACGACGUCACAUUGUAUAUCGGAGAUUAAAACUUAAGGUCGAAGGUUAAGGAUCACAGGUCGGAAGUAUUCUCGGUGGUGACCUUUCCACCAGCUUCGGGAGGUGUUCCGUCAAUCUCGUGCCGCAGUAGUGGAAAGCCGGCGAAGGUCCACCAUGUUGGCUGGCUGGAAAGGCGUGAAGACCAGCCGGCAGCUUUUGGUCAGGUUAUUUAGCGUGGCCGUGCUCUACAUGACGGCGAUGUUCGUCUACCAGAUCUGGUAUACCAGGCUUCCUACAGAUCAAAGUCAAGGUCAGCUAAUAAACAGAUGGACUUUUAAGAAGCUCCGGGAACUGGAAGUGAAUUUCUCCAAAGACAAUAUCAGUAAUGCAGUGACGGUCCCACCAUGUAAUUGUGGAUUAGAGAAAAUGCCGGAUAUGAAGUCAUCAUUAUUAUAUGGUCAAAUAAAACCGCGAGGAUACCUGACUAUUGGAAUUCCCAGCAUCGCCCGACCGGAAAACAAGAGUUACAUUAAACAGACGAUAGACUCUUUAAUAGCCAACAGCAAUGAGACAGAGCGAAAUCAAACAAGAAUAGUCAUAUUCCUGGGGGAUUUAGAGGUGAAGAAGAAGGAGAUCGUGGCAGAGAAUGUUAUGCAGUUGUAUUUAGAAGAAAUCGAGUCUGGCUUUAUUCAAAUUAUUCAUGCUCCGCGAGACUGGUAUCCGCCCUUGGAAAAGUUGAAGGUCACUUACAACCACGAUAUGAAACAAAUAAAAUGGCGAACGAAACAAAAUUUUGACUUUGCUUACAUGAUGUUGUAUAGUCGAAGUCUAAGUCAGUAUUACCUUCAACUGGAGGAUGACGUCACAACAGUUCCCGGAUAUUUCGAAAAAAUUGCGGCUUAUAUCAAGAAACAGGAAACUCCAUGGACGUGCUUGGAGUUUUCGGAACUUGGAUUUAUUGCAAAAUUAUUCCACUCCGAAGAUCUUGAAAAACUGUCAAAAUUAUUACUCUUGUUUUACAAUGAACAACCAAACGACGUGACAUACUUGUACUUUAAUGAGUUGAUGACUCAGUUUCAACGACGAAUUCGUCAACCGACGAUUUUCCAACACCAUGGACUGUUUUCCACUCUUGCGGGCAAAUACCAGAGACUGAAGGACAAAUCCUUCAACACGGGCAAGAUCUUCCACGGUGAUAAUCCGCCAGCCCGCAUCUACACCACCCUUACUGUUCACGAAAAGCACAGACCGAGAAAGGCUUACGAUCGGUCGGACGACUACUUCUGGGCAAAGAGUCCCAAAAAGGGUGACACGUUCACUAUUGUGUUCAAAAAGAAGCAGUCUUUCAAGAGAAUUCUGAUAGAUUCCGGUUCUGUGCAGCAUCCUGCGGACAUAAUCGAUUACGGAAUCCUUCAGGCCAGUCCUUCCAUUCGAGAACAGAGACCAGAUUAUAUAGAAUGUGAGGACUACGUAACUCUUGGACAGUUCGAAGACGGGCGCAUCGACGUCCAGAUUACGGAGGAACUGGUUCCCUUUGAGAUUGCCUGUCUGGAAAUCAAGCUGAUCCUGCAGCAGUCCUCAUGGAUCGUUAUUCGUGAGAUUGCGGUGUUUCUGCAGGUGCCCCAAAACCUGGACGAACUGUGGGCGCUGAGCAGGAAGUUUGGUCAGAGGAGCUCUCACCAGAAGACCAAGGAGCAUGGAGGCGACAACCCACCUGCUCGCAUCUACUCUACCUUUAAAGGCUAUCAUCACCACACCCCUGAGAUGGCCUACAACACAACAAGAGGCUUUUUCUGGAUAGAAAAACCCAAACUUGGAGAUACGUACACGAUAGCCCUUGAGAAACCAAAGUCUUUGAUCAAAAUCAUAGUGGAAACUGGGAACUCUGAACACCCGUCUGAUCGCAUAGAGGACGGGCUAGUAUUUGCAAGCUAUAACAUAACAGAAAGACGGAAAGAAGGAAACAUUUGCUCCUAUUAUUUUCCGAUUGGUAAUUUCACGGAUGGGAGAGCGGCAAUUUCUCUCGAUCCUAAAAAACAUCCCGGAGAAAUCGCCUGUGUACAAAUUAAACUUACAUCAGAUCAGGAUAAUUGGAUUAUUAUUCGAGAAAUUGCCAUAUUUUUACGAUCAUUCUAUUUCUAAAAAGUUUUUUGUUCUUCGUGUAACAACGUUAACCUUUAAGGAUUUGGGGAGGUGUGGGGGGAGGCAUGCAAGUGUGGCAUCCAGGGUAUCUAAUUAUGUCACAAUAGUGUUCAUGGAGCCAACCUAAGACAGGAGUCCUACGUGAACGCAACUCGGCCGCUGUCUGUGAUAAAUGGGUUUUGCUGGCUUGGACGGUAUAGGUCCAGCAUUGGUCAAUUUGGCAGAACAGCAUUUUGUCAUUUAAUUCACCAAUCAGACCAACGUCCAAACACUCCUGUCAGAGAAACGUGCCUUUACGCGGAGGGUUUUGUUGGAAUAACUGGUGGUUAUCAGGUCGAGAUCAUACCAUUACCUCUCACAUGUAAUUGAAGAUGUACGCAGCUUCAUGGUGCGAUUAAGGCACAUGAUUGCACCGUAUGACUGAGGCUGUUUUAUUGGUGCUUGGCUAGAGAAUAGAACAGUUCUCUCUAUGUGUAUUCUUGCGGUGUCCACUUUAAGGCAAGCAUAGAUUGGAUUUGCGUGGGAGAUAUGUAGUUAGCGUCAAUCCCAGACUCAUCGCCAACAUAUCUCCGCGUGCAUUGUCAAGACCAGUACCAAGACUCUGCGGGGGUAAAUGUUGUGGCCACAGUCAGGGAUUACUUACACUGUGAAUUUUCUGAUGUAACAUUGCGAACGACAAAUGCCUUCCUUCUGGUUACCAGUGACUGCAACCGGAAGACCGCCCAACCAAAGAAAUAAGGAAGGAUUAUUUGACAUUUGUGGUCCGUUCCAUGCUAUAAAUUAUAUGUGCGGAUGGCCUGUGCGUCGUUUUUGGUGCAUAAACUGUCCAGAUAACAUUGCUCAUGACCUUGCAAAUAAACAGUUGGAUUUUGUCGGUGCACUGUAUGAGGGCAAAUUGUUUGUCUAACUUUACAACUUACAGAAAUUAAGUUGAUGUUUUACCUCGUCAUACCAACAACAAAGGGUAAUUUCAAAUCUAAUACUGUCAGCUACCUCCACCAUUAGUGCUGGUGGCCAGGUUGUCUUAGUCAUUGAAAUAAACGUGUGUUCACACAUUCCCUCAUACAUACUAACAGCUCAUACAAUAUACGCAUCAUAUGCUUUUGUUCAUCUUCUACGGUUCAACUCAUUCUUCACACGUUUUAAAAUUAUAGUCAGUGAUGGUUAUGGACAUGAAGUAUUUCAUAGGUUUAGGGAGUGUACAAAAAUCGAUCAGAUUUGUACAGAUCAUACAGUAAAAAAAACCCGGAUGCUGUGGACAUAAUCGGAAUUCUAAGGAAACCAGUGAAAUGAAAAGUGAAACAUAUAUGGCUCUCCUCUAGUGUUUGUCCCUGGACCAUCUUUCUAUAAAUAACUCCACGUGUGAAUGUGAUCAGGAGGUGUCAGCUUGUCGGAAUAUAAUCAGUAUUCAUUCUAGUUUACACAGUCAAUAAAUGUCCAAUUGAAUGUGUUGCCAUUUAACCCAGAUUAGAACAGGUUUCGUCGUACGAUAAAAGCCACGCACAAGUGUCAAAUACAGGUGUGGAUACUUACCACGUUUUUGCCUGAAGUCGUAGUUUACAAUGUCUAGUUUACGGCCUAAUAAGUUCAAAUUCUGACCGAUUUGCCUUGGCAUAGCCCUUAUCAUGGGCCCAAAAUUUGGAAUCCCAUGAUUCACAAAUAAGCUUGAAGCUGAAUUUCAAAUUCUGACUUUAACCAAACUUGACUUUUUAUUUAAUCGAUCUCUGGAGAUUGGCACGAUCAUUUAGUAACUCAAUUCAGGCUAUAUUAUCUAAAUGACGCCCUUUCCUACUUGAAAGCGAAUUAUGAAUCUAUAUUAUAACAAGAAUGUAUUACAUAACCUACACAAAGUCCUUUAUUUCAAAAAUGUAGCUGCCGCUGGGUCGGUAAGCAAGCACUAUAGCAUCAGUCUGAUGCUCAGCAUUACGGUAUACUUAAGCCAGUAUUACGAUAUACUUAGUCAGUAUUGUUUGUGUUACCAUUUCCUACCAAUUUCCGCGGCACAGUUGUUACCAGGUGUAUAAUGUAUAUCAUUGCUUUCGAAAGGCUUGUUCACACAUAUUGCCAAGUUGCUCUGUCUUUUCGUACUGUUACCUUAGUAAUAGUAGGUAAAGCAUUCCUCACAAAAUAAAAUCAUUUUGACCAAAUAAUUCUUCAGGAGGAGACAGCUUGUAUUUACCAAUAUACUGGACCCAACAUUGUGCAAUCACAACUGAAAAGACAAUACAGCAAACAAACACGCACGUGCCGGUGGUAAAUAAAUAAACUAUUUAUUACCUGCACAAAUAUAACACCGUCAUUGGAUUAUGAAAAGUUAAGUACGACCUUAAACCUCAAACAUACAUUUAAAACAUGAAUAAAAAAAUAAAGUGCGUUUGGUGUAUUUUGUUUGUUGCAUGAGCAAUAGUUUCAGACGAUGCAUUGCCGUCUCUUACACGACCUUAGUGCAUGAAUUUACUAUGUUAAUGUUAAUGCUAUGUUAAGAUGUUAUUCUAUACAAAUGAUAACUAACAUUUGUUUGCUAUAAUUGUGGUUAGUGACAAUGAUGUGCACAGCAAAGUCGGCUAAAUGAGUUUGGGAUACAAAUCUGCGAAUUUUCGAGUUCGAACUCUUUUGUUGCUUAAGGUCAAAAAGUAAUGCUAGCUGUGACUCAUUACUUGUUACGAAUGUUGAACAGCUUUUGUUGACAUUAAUUUACCGAUUUGUUUCAUUCCGUUUUCCGGAGGUAGAAAUAACACCUCUUUUUCCUUCAGGAACUUGAGUUCAAAAAACGUUCCGUUCCUCGGUUUUGUCCACCAUUUGUCUACUCAAAACAACUUUUUGUAUAACUUUCUCUUCCCAUGUUAAUUAUGGUAUAUGUAAUCACACAUGGUUGCUUAACAUUUUUGACCGGUCACAUGGCACAAUAGGACUGUUUUAUCUUAGAAAUAGAAGAGUUCGAACUCGAAACUCCCAUAUUUUACCGGUACAUGCGUAAAUUAAAUUGAUUUACAUUGCUGAAAAAAACAUUGCACAAAUAUAUUGUUUAUGACGCUAUUGUGAACAAAUUGGCGCACACGUCUGUCGGUUAGCAAAAGUUAAUGUCCUUUUGAACAGCGAAAAUGGGUUAAUUAUGGUAAAGGAAACCCGAUGACGCGCAUACAGAAAUUCAUUCAGGUUAAUUGCACUGAAGUGCAUUGCAUGCAAUUCUGUACGCGCAUGAAAAGCUGUUUCACGACAUUUGUGUUAUGUGUUGAUGAUAAAAGAGAGUGUUAUUUGUAUUUACAACCUAUGUUUUCGGCUGCUAUAUGCUUUUGUAUAUGUGUUUUGUCAAGCUAAUUAGGUAAUACAAUGUUCGCUAUGAUAUUUUAAGAGAGUAGUAAGUUAUUACCGUUUGUAAAAGUCUUACCAAGGUGUAUUGUUGUGUGCACGUUGUUAUCUUGUUUGCUGUCUGGGGGUAUUAUAUUAUUGUUUCUUCUGUAUCACACGAUUGCCCGUUGCUAUGAGCCUGUGUGCAUGCGUGCGAUACACGGUAUUUUCUAGGAGCAGCGGAACCACUUCCAGAUAGUGUUGGUUGGUGGAUGGGUGACAGGUGGGAGUGGGCUAAGUGUCAGUACAAAGGGUGCCUAGGAGCCCGCCUAAGAAAAAUGGCUGCAUUGAGCAAAUAGCAGAAAACCGCCACCCAGCACUAUUCUCCCCCCACCACCCCACCCCCAACCCCACACACACACCUCCGGUUUUGUUUUGCUCUUUGUUAUUGCGAAACGUUUUGUCUCUACUGCUAUACUGAAAACAAUGGCAAUUUUUUAAGUUAGCAUAACUUAUUUUACAGGAAAAAAAUAUACAAAAUUUUCUUGUUUUUGCAUAAGCGUUUUUCUUACAGUUUUUGGAAGUUGACCAUGGACCAUUUACCGAUAUCACUGCCCAUAUUUUGACAUAUACAAGUAGUCAUAAUCCUGGUUUGCUGAACGCUAACAAUGAUCCGAAGCUGUAAAUAGGCAUUCCCCUUACAGUCUCGAUACACGUGGGCGUAAGCAUGAAAAUAACAUUAAUAAUUAUAAUAUCAUGGGUAUCUGAAAGAGAACUUGUUUGGACCUAGUAACCACGAAGGCAAAGUCGCCAAGAGUUGCUUUCAUAACGUCAGUUAAGACACCGAUAACAUCUCCUGCAAUUUAUGAUUUCUUUGUACGGCAGUGACCAUUGUUGGAAUCUUAACACAAAGUAAUCUAAGUGUGCAAGACUUGCGUAUGACUUCAAAUCUGUACUAGGCUGCAGUUAAACGCUUAUAAAACUAUACAAGUCUUGAGGUCAGACGAAACUUUCAUGUGAAUAUCUCCAGUUUUUGUUGCUGUGCCGUCUGCAUAGCAGUAUAUUUCGUCUCCAGGACUACAACGUUAAUUUACCUUUCCUGACAAUCACUACCCUGCAUUGACAUCACAAUGCUCAUAUAUUCAUCAAUGCAGUAAUUUGGUGACAAAGUCUCCAUUGGAACAAUAAAAAUUUCCAUAUAA